AUGAAGUGCAGCCGACUCCUGUCCCUGACCGUCCUGCUGGUGGCCCCCGGCAGACUCUGGGCCCACCCCAUCGCAGACCCUGCCGAGAUGCCCUACUCCGGCCCCGUGUCGGUGGAGGACCGAGGACUCGGCGCUCUGGAGGAUUUGUCUCUCUCUGACCAAAACUACGCACCCCAGGAUGGACCUGCCCUCAAAUAUACCUCCCUGGUGUCUGGGGAGCUCAACCGAGAUGCUUUCAGGACGACCGGUCUGCUCCCUCGGGGGAUGAAGAGAGAGGUUCUACUGGAGAAACAAAGCUCCCUCAGCCCCUUCAGCCACUUCCUGGGCAUCAGGAAGCAGUUCCAGAAGAGGGGCGUGAACACCGAGUGCUUCUGGAAGUACUGCGUGUAAAUACUGCAGCACCGAGGCGCCGGCGUGUGAGGCUGCUGCACACUAGACGGCGCUCGCACUAAAAAAGAAAUCCCUGUUCUGCAGUCACA